AUGUGUGGUGUUAUCGCUCUGAUCUUGGCGAAUCCCUCGUCCGCCGCCGCCGUAGACCUCCACGAGGCUCUCUACCUACUUCAGCACAGAGGUCAAGAUGCCGCAGGUAUCGCAACUUGCGCAUCCGGGGGUCGCAUCUACCAGCUCAAGGCCAACGGCAUUGCCGCUCGUGUCUUCCAGGACGGUGCCAGAGUCGCUGAUCUGCCCGGUUCCAUGGGUAUUGGCCAUCUGAGAUACCCCACCGCCGGUAGCAGUGCCAACGCAGAAGCCCAGCCCUUCUACGUGAAUAGCCCCUACGGUAUCUGCUUGGCCCACAACGGCAACCUGAUCAACGCCCCCGAGUUGAAGAGGUAUCUGGAUCUCGAAGCUCACCGUCACAUCAACACCGACAGUGACAGUGAGUUAAUGCUCAACAUCUUCGCUGAUGAGCUGAGCGAGACCAAGAAGGCCCGUGUGAACCGGGAGGACCUCUUCGCUGCUCUGGGCAGAAUGUACUCGCGCUGCGAGGGUGGAUGGGCUUGCACGCUUAUGCUGGCUGGCUUUGGUAUCGUGGGUUUCCGUGACUCGUACGGUAUCCGUCCGCUGUCUCUUGGUUCCCGGCCGUCUCUUGACGGCGAGGGCAUGGACUACAUGAUGGCGUCUGAGUCGGUUGCUCUGCAGCAGCUGGGCUUCACCAACAUUCGGGACAUCCAGCCGGGUGAGGCCGUCAUUAUCGAAAAGGGUGGUGAGCCUGUCUUCCGUCAGGUUGCUCCUAAGAAGAACUACGCCCCUGAUAUCUUUGAAUACGUCUACUUCGCUCGUCCGGACUCAGUGAUUGACGGAAUCAGCGUGUACCGUAGCCGGCAACGCAUGGGAGACCGUCUGGCCGCACGUGUUCUCAACGUUCUCGGACCGGAUGCCGUCAAGGACAUUGACGUCGUUAUCCCUGUUCCUGAAACCUCCACUACUUCGGCUGCUGCUGUCGCUCGGUACUUGGACAAAUCUUACUGCCAAGGCUUCGUCAAGAACCGCUACAUCUUCCGGACAUUCAUUAUGCCCGAGCAGAAAACCCGGCAAAAGGGUGUUCGGCGAAAGCUGAACGCCAUGCAGGCCGAGUUCAAGGAUCGAAAUGUCCUUUUGGUGGAUGACAGUAUCGUCCGCGGUACUACCAGUCGGGAGAUCGUCUCGAUGGCCAGAGAGGCCGGUGCUAAGAAGGUUUACCUGGCUAGUUGCUCGCCUGAAAUCACACACGCCCACAUCUAUGGUAUCGACCUGGCCUCUCCCUCCGAACUAGUCGCCUUCAACCGCGACACCGACGCCAUCUCGCGCCACAUCGGCGCCGAACAAGUCAUCUACCAAACCCUCGACGACCUCAAGGGUUCUUGUGCAGAGAUCGCACGCGAGAACGGCCUUUCCGAGCCUCAAGACUUCGAAGUCGGAGUUUUCUGUGGUUCGUAUGUCACCCCUGUUUCCGACGGCUACCUCGACCACCUGGAGCACAUGCGCGGCGAGGGCCGCAAGGUCAAGGCCCUGGACAAGGCCAAGGAAGCCGUUGCACACGGAUACGCCAGCGAACGGGACUUCCAGAUCGCCGCCAACGGCGUCAAGCUCGAUGGAGCCGGGAAAAUCGUCCCCGCCGACUCGCCGCGCGACUCGGAAGUGCCGGCAGUCAGCAUGAGCGCCAUCCGUAACGGAGGUGCGACCCACGUCGAGCACCCCGCCGUCAAGGACCGGAUGGACAUUAGCAUCCAUAACAUUGGCGACCAUGCAUGA